ACAUAGCGGCGGCUAGGCUAGCUAAGUCCUUCCGGUAGGUCAAUUCAGCGCAAUACAAAAGUUUAUUACAAACUAUCAGCCUUCUGAUUCCCUUCAGUCAGCCCAGAAACAUCGCUCUUUCAGUAAAACACCAAAACUAACGCUGCUUAUCCUAGCACGCCCGUUACUGCUCAGUAGAAAAGUGGAGAAAUGGACUUAAAGAGCUGCUAAACAGAGAGAGAGAGUCCGAGAGGAAGCAGUAACCGACCAUCUUUCCUCUCUCCCAGCAAUAACAAGAGCGGAGAGGCUCCGAGCGGCGCUUCAGUCUGCAGUUUCUGCAGUUUAUCCUCUCUUUCUUCCGCACAAACACACAGAACUGCGCUUUUCUGGCUUUCGGUCUUUUUAUCAGACCUGAACCGAGACCCGGGGAACCCAGAGAGUCCUCCAGCGGCAGCCUCCCGGAGCCCAGCGCCAGUAGAGAGUCUGUUUAAAAUUUUCUUGCAUUUCUAUUUUCAUGUUUCCAACAGGUUUACCUUCCCCUAAUCCCCCGCCGCCGACCCAAGAGUCCAGACCGCCCGUUUCGGAUGUCCGCAGCGACAGCGGCUUAACGUCGCCCAAGAAGAGAAAGCUCCACAGCGCCGAGAGGGAAGACCCCGUCGAGCCCGUGCCGUCCUCCCCCAGAGCCGCCUGCCAGUCCACCGCAGCCGCCGCCGCUGCUGCAGCGUCGUGCACGGCCAACUCGACGCAGCACAUCCAGAAGAAGCUGAGGUUCGAGGAGCCGCUGGAUCUCCUCGGGCUGGAUGUGAAGAUGGCCGAGGACUCUCCCACGGCGUCCUGCUCCAAGGCGAAGAGCGCGCUGCUGGCCGCGGGGGUCGCGCACCACGCCAACGGCCUCACAAAGUCCGCCGGCUCCGCAACCUUCACCAACAGCAAGCCGGGGGCGGCCAAGAAGCUGGUGAUCAAGAACUUUAAGGAAAAGCCAAAAUUGCCAGAAAAUUACACACAUGAGACCUGGCAGAAGUUGAAGGAGGCGGUCGAGGCCAUACAGAACAGCACUUCAAUAAAAUACAAUCUGGAGGAGCUCUAUCAGGCUGUUGAGAAUCUGUGUUCCCAUAAGAUUUCUCCCAAACUCUAUAAACAGCUGAGAGCAGUGUGUGAAGAUCACAUCAAGGCUCAAAUCGAUCAAUUCAGAGAGGACUCCCUAGACAGUGUGCUUUUCUUGAAGAAGAUAGAUAAAUGUUGGCAAGAUCACUGCAGACAAAUGAUCAUGAUUAGGAGUAUAUUUUUGUUUUUGGAUCGCACAUAUGUUUUACAAAAUUCUAUGCUGCCAUCUAUCUGGGAUAUGGGACUGGAGCUGUUUCGUUUCUACAUUAUCAGUGAUUUGAAAGUGCAGAGUAAGACGAUUGAUGGGAUCCUGCUGCUUAUCGAGAGGGAGCGCAGUGGGGAGGCUAUAGACCGCAGUCUCCUGAGGAGUCUACUGAGCAUGCUCUCUGACCUGCAGAUUUAUCAAGACUCAUUUGAGCAGCGUUUUCUGGAGGAGACGAAUCGACUGUACGCUGCUGAGGGUCAGAGGCUCAUGCAGGAGAGAGAGGUGCCGGAGUAUCUUCAUCAUGUCAACAAGCGUUUGGAGGAGGAAGCAGACCGAGUCAUCACAUACUUGGACCAGAGCACACAAAAACCCCUCAUCGCCACUGUAGAAAAACAACUGCUUGGUGAACACCUGACCGCAACACUUCAGAAAGGCUUGAAUCACCUCCUGGAUGAGAAUCGUAUCCAGGAUUUAUCUCUGCUGUAUCAGCUGUUCAGUCGGGUUCGAGGUGGAGUGCAGGUUCUGCUGCAGCACUGGAUCGAGUACAUCAAGGCCUUCGGUAGCACAAUAGUCAUCAACCCUGAGAAAGACAAGACGAUGGUGCAGGAGCUGCUGGACUUCAAGGAUAAGGUGGACUCCAUCAUCGACGUGUGCUUCAUGAAGAACGAAAAAUUCGUAAACGCUAUGAAAGAAGCUUUCGAGACCUUUAUUAACAAGCGGCCGAACAAACCUGCAGAGCUCAUAGCAAAAUAUGUUGAUUCAAAGCUCAGGGCAGGAAAUAAAGAAGCCACAGACGAGGAGCUCGAGAAGAUGCUGGACAAGAUUAUGAUCAUAUUCAGGUUCAUUUAUGGUAAAGAUGUGUUCGAGGCCUUCUAUAAGAAAGAUUUGGCGAAGAGGUUGUUAGUUGGGAAAAGUGCCUCUGUAGAUGCAGAGAAAUCAAUGCUGUCAAAACUAAAACACGAAUGUGGAGCUGCAUUUACGAGUAAAUUGGAAGGAAUGUUCAAGGACAUGGAGCUUUCAAAAGACAUCAUGGUGCAAUUCAAACAGUACAUGCAGUGCCAAAAUAUCCCCGGUAACAUUGAGCUGACGGUGAACAUCCUCACUAUGGGUUACUGGCCAACAUACGUCCCCAUGGAAGUGCAUUUGCCUCCAGAGAUGGUGCGACUGCAGGAAAUCUUUAAGACUUUUUAUCUGGGGAAGCACAGCGGAAGGAAACUUCAGUGGCAGUCGACGUUAGGACACUGUGUAUUGAAAGCAGAAUUUAAGGAGGGAAAGAAGGAGCUUCAGGUGUCGCUCUUUCAGACGUUAGUUCUGCUCAUGUUUAACGAAGGAGAGGAAUUUUCCUUGGAAGAGAUUAAGCUGGCUACAGGAAUUGAGGAUGGCGAGCUGAGGCGUACGCUGCAGUCCCUUGCCUGCGGAAAGGCUCGAGUUCUCACCAAAAUCCCCAAAAGCAAAGAUGUAGAAGAUGGAGACAAGUUCUCUUGCAACGAUGACUUCAAACACAAGCUCUUCAGGAUCAAGAUCAACCAGAUCCAGAUGAAAGAAACUGUGGAGGAGCAAGCUAGCACUACAGAGAGAGUCUUCCAGGACCGGCAGUAUCAGAUCGACGCCGCCAUCGUCCGGAUCAUGAAGAUGAGGAAGACCUUGAGCCAUAAUCUGCUGGUGUCUGAGGUCUACAACCAACUCAAGUUCCCGGUCAAGCCUGCUGAUUUAAAGAAGAGGAUAGAGUCACUCAUUGAUAGGGACUACAUGGAAAGAGAUAAAGAAAACCCCAAUCAGUACAACUAUGUGGCUUAGAGAUACAGACGAAUGGAUGUACGAGUGAAUAGGUGGAUGUAUGAAAGGAAAGAAGAAGAAGAAGAGUGGAGAAUCCCAAGAAAGAAAGUGGAGGCUGUUCUCAGUGCAGAACUUACGGAAUAAAAAUCAUCUUUGCUCCAGUUGAUGUUAAAUUUACCCUCUCUAACCCAGCGACCUGCAACUGAAUGGAUAUUACUCCGUCAGCUCUCGUCAGGGGUGUGUUCUCCACUGGACUGCAUGCCCAUUAGAGAAAAAAUAUAUUGUUCAGUUUGAGAGCUUUUCAGUAAGAAUCGGACAAUCCCAGACACACACUUACUUAUUUUUCUUUUCUUUCUUUCAUUUUUUUAUUUACUAAAAAGAAAACUGUAUUUAUUUUCAGUAUUGGUCUCAAGUCCAUUUGUUUAUGGCAUCAUUUCUCUGUUUACUUUUAAGUCACAUUUCCUUUUAAAUCACGGUGUAUCCUGUGCAAAAUGUUCUUAUCACGUUUGGGGGGAAAAAUGGAGAAAGAUUACUAAUAAAAUGAGACAUUUGUUCGGUCAGUGUUGUAUUAGGUAUGCAUAUAUUUUAACAUGGAGAAUCGGAUUUGCUCUCACUUGUUUUAAUAGGGAAGUUCAUUCAUACAUGCAGCAGCAGCACAGUUUAAAAGUCCUCACAGUUUGAGGUUCCAGGUGCUUUUCAAAAGGGUGAACACUAAACAACUGAAGCUGGGAUGGGGAAAAAAUAAUCGAUUGUGCCAAAAUAGAGAAAAGAGAGGAUUUGUUUUGCCAUAGUAUUCGUUCAUGCAUUAAACACUAACACAUGUCAGUGCAUCCACUUUUUUUUCUAUGUUUUUCUUUAUACUCAGAUUUUUGUGUUUUUUGUUUCUGUUCAUUUUUGUGUAUAUAUAUAUAUAUAUAUAUAUAUAUAUAUAUAUAUAUAUAUAUAUAUAUAUAUAUAUAUAUAUAUAUAUAUAUAUAUAUAAUACACAAACAUUGCAACCAACUAUUAGGAUGGUAUUCUUGCCACAGAACUAAAAUAUAGACACAACCGCUGUUAUUAUUAUUAUUAUUAUUAAUACUAUUUUUAAUAAUUAUUUUCUGUUACAAAAAAGGUCUUGCUUAGACCCCACAGAUUGAAAUGCUGUGAAAUCUGUAAACUGGCCCACAAAUUAGAAUCCAGAAUCUCUGCCCAACAGUCUCUAAAGCACAACGUUGCACUUAUAUUAUCGUAGUGUCUCCAAGUUUGUACCCCCUGACCUUCUGAAACAGGCAUAUUACACUGAGAAUCUCCUGUACGGCAUCACUGGAUCAACAUGGAGUUGUUUGGAUAAAUCAUGCCGAAGUGGUCGGCUGUCUGAAUAAGUUUACCUGUUUUUAUUUGCUUCAGAUUAAACAAGUGUACAUGUU